AUGGAGGACGUGGUGCUGCCGUCGAUCCGCGUGAUGCACUCAGGCGGCGGCGCGUUCGAGAGCCUCGCGAGCGAUCCGGUGGAGAAGAAGAAGCUCACGCUGGGCGUGUGCGUUAUGGAGAAGAAGUCGCGCUCGUCCCCCAUGACUGCCAUUCUUGACCGCCUGCGCAUGUUUGGCGAGGUGGAGGUGAGAUCUGGGGGAGGUGAGACCUUGGGGGGUAUUGUGCUUGCUACCCAUUUACUUCCGUUCCUACUGCAAUUUCAUGUGAGUCCCACUCGUACCUUUCCCAUCGCUCCUAUCUCCAUCCCACUCUCCCUUCUCUCCCAUCUCACCCCUCUCCCGUUCUUCCCACUCUUCCCCCUCUCCCAUCUCGCCUCUCCCCCACACACCUCGCCUGCACGGCAGGCCCUAUUUGGUGAACGAGUUGGAGCCACAGUGGCUGCUGCACGACAGGAGGAAGGUGUAUGCGGUGAGUGCGAGUGCACAUCAUCGUACUGGGUCAUCUGCUACCAGCGUUGGCUGUGCUCCCAGCUUGACCUAGCAGCUUGCCCACAUGCUUCCCCCACUCUGCCCACAUGUCCCUCCCCUCCUCUCCCCACCCUCCUCAUUAAUCAGAAGCUGGAGGAGCACGGGCUCAUGAUGUGCACAUAUGCUAUAGUCUGGACUGCUUCCGCUGCCCACACGCCCCUUCCCCCCCCUCCCCUCCCCCCCUUGACUCCCCCUCCCCAUCUACCAGAAGCUGGAGGAGCACGGGCUCGUGAUGCCGACGUACGCCAUAGUGAACCGCGAGGAGGAGGGGGAAGAAGGUCAGGACUGCUCUCCCUGCCACAUUUCGCUCCCUAUGUGCCCACACGCCCCUCUCCCCUCAUUCCCCUCCCCCUCUACCAGAAGCUGGAGGAGCACGGGCUCAUGAUGCCCACGUACGCCAUAGUGAACCGAGAGGGCGACGGGGAGGGCGCGGAGGAGGAGUUUGAGGAGGAGGAGGACUACGUGGUCAUCGCUGGGAAGCGCAUCAACAAGCCCUUCGUGGAGAAGCCUGUAGAUGGCGACGACCACAGUGUGAUGAUCUACUACCCCAGCUCUGCAGGGGGCGGCAUGAAGGAGCUCUUCAGAAAGGUGGGCAAUCGGUCGAGUGAGUUCCAUCCAGACGUGCGCCACGUGAGGCGCCACGGCUCCUACAUAUACGAGGAGUUCCUCCCCACAGGUGCUCUCUUGCUGCCUCUCGACUCCCUUGAAAGGUGGGCAAUCGCUUUAAGCCCUGUGCGCCCAUCUCUCUUCUCUGUCUUCUCCCUCCUCCCCCCUCGACUCAAUCAUUCUCGUAUUCUCUGCACCCUUCCCGCUCCCCCCACUGGCCGCCCCCACUGGCCGCCCCCACUGCAUGGCAUGGCAUGGCAGGCGAAGCUGAAGAGCGCAGUGCAGCUGCAGGACCUGCUGGACGCCCUGCGCGCCCUCGUGCCGCACCAGAGGGACGGCAGCGACAGCGAGACGGAGGACUUUGAGAAUGCAGAGAAGCUGAGGCACGUGAAGGCCGUGCUGGAGGAGGGAGGGCAUUUCUCGGGGAUAUACCGCAAGGCGCAGCUGAAGCCGCAGAAGUGGGAGCGAGUGCAGCGGAGGGACAGCAGCGGGGCGGAGGUGGAGGUGGACGAGCCCACAGAGGCCCUCAUGGUGCUCAAAUACAGCGGCGUGCUCACCCACGCUGGCAGGGCACAGGUGGGUGAGAUAUUCGCUUAUGCCUGUGAACAGGGUAGCAAUGGCAGCGAGGUGGAGGUGAACGAGCCCGCUGAGGCCCUCAUGGUGCUCAAGUAUGGCGGCGUGCUCACCCACGCUGGCAGGCAGCAGCCCACACUCAGCUGGGCAUGGAGGUCGCAGGGAGGAGAGGAACCACAGCUGAGGCUCACACCCCUUGUGACGCACACAGCUGACGCAUGUCUCUUCCCUCACCUUGACUUGUCUCGCAAAGCAACCAACACACCGUGUAACCUUCUCCCUCAUUCCUCUUCUUCCUUCCCCCGCAACCCUGCCCCCUCCCCUCCGUUUCUCCCUGGCACUUAUCAGGCGGAGCAUCUGGGUCGAGCAUUUCGAGAAGCCAUGUAUCCUGACGAGAUGGGAUCAAACGGCACGGGGCUGCUGCGCCUGCACAGCACAUACCGCCACGACCUCAAGAUCUACAGCUCUGACGAGGGGCGCGUGCAGAUGUCAGCAGCGGCGUUCACCAAGGGUCUGCUGGAUCUGGAAGGGCAGCUCACGCCUAUCCUGGUUAGUCUGGUGAGCAAGGACUCACCCAUGCUUGAUGGGCUCGACUCCGCCUCAAUUGAAAUGGAGCAUGCCAAGCGCAAGCUGGGUGAGAUGAUGACGACCAACGACCCACCGCUUCGCAUCGUGCCCGUGCCGGCACAGCACAAGGCGGAGGUGGGGGAGCAGCAGCAGAAGGGUGCGGGGGAGCAGCAGGGCGGGGCGCAGCAGCAGGGGGGAGGGAAGCAGAAGGCUGUGCCUUAUGAUGGGACGGUGCUGGGGAAGGCACGGUUUGAUGAGAGCCGCAUUGCGGCAGGGCUUCCGUGCGGUACGGAGGAGUUUCUGCUCAUCUUUGCACGGUGGAAGAAGCUCGAGCGCGAUAUCUACAACCCGCGAAAGGAACGUGCAAAGUAUUGUCUGCAAACCUGCUCUGCUCCUCCCCAUGCCCCUCACUUCUACCCACAACCCCACAUGCCCCUUCCCACAUACACCUCCCCCGGGUACGACCUGGUGCACAAUCGCCACCUGGGCCUCAAGGGGCUGGACGAGCUCUACCUGCUCGCCAAGGAGAUGGCAAACGGGGUCAUUCCAAACGAGUACGGCAUCACACCCUACAGCAAGCUCAAGAUCGGCGCUAAGGUUGCUCGUCGCCUGCUGGGCAAGAUGCUGAUCGAUCUGCACAACACGCGGGACGAGGCGGUGGCGGUGGGGCAGGCGAUGCAGCAGCACCGGCAGAGCCUGAGGGAGCAGCGCGCGGCAGCGGUGGCGGCAGCGGUGUUCAACCAGGAGCAGCAGCGGCAGCACCGACGGUCGUCCGGUGAGGCCAAGCGGCGGUCUGAUGGGCACCCGGAGGGCGAUAAUGACGACAGCAACGCUCAGUACCGACUAGAUCCCAAGUACGCCAAUGUGCGAACUCCGCAACGCCACGUGCGCACUCGCCUCUACUUCACCUCUGAGUCGCACCUACACAGUGUGAUGAACGUGCUGCGCUUCUGCCAGCUGGACGACUCACUGCAGGGCGAGGCCUCCCUGCUGAGUCCCGAUGCCAUGACUCGACUCUAUGAGACGCGCGAGCUCGACUACCUCACGCACGUGGUGCUGCGCAUGUACGAGAACGUGGAGGUGGAUCUGAACGACUUGGCCGCGGCGGUUCCGAGUGGAGAUCAUGUUCAGCCCGGGCUCGGCUGUGAGCCCUCUCGAG